CUGACUUGAGGCGAAAGAGGAAGAGUUGAGCGAGUGAGUGAUAGAGCCCCGCGAGCACCCGAGCUUGACUGGAUCAACAGGUUAUUUAGAGAAUAGACACUCGCGCACGCCCUCUCACACAGUCCGCCGCACACUCGGUCUCUCUCGCCGUGGGCGGAGCUUGCUUGGACACGCGCACGCACGCGCGCACAGGCAACCCGUUUGCCGAAAUGUCAGAGGGGUUUGUUUUCAAAGGGCAGCUUGCAUGUUGCGCCAAAAUUCACUUUUGUUCCCUCAAGGUUGAUUCCGUUUUCUCAUUCACAAAUCCCUUUUCGUGCACACAAUCAAAAGCACCGGGAAAAUAAUCCAUCCAUUGAUUUGAUUGAACACAGUGAACGCAAACACGAGGCUGUGGCCCGGUGAAAGGAAGACCCUCCCGUCACUUCAACAUAGUUCCUUUUUCAACACGAUGUAACAAAAUGCCGCCAAAGCAAAAUGCUUACAUUAGACGUAGCCUGAAGGCAAAACAACACAUUUUAGCUUUUGGCACGCAACCAAGUUUGUUUCCGUGCAUGUGUGUGUGUGUGUGUGUGUGUGUGUGUGUGUGUGUGUGUGUGUGUGUGUGUGUGUGUGUGUGUGUGUUGGAUUAUGACUUUCCAGGAGUGUAAUUUGUGGUGUGAGAUGAGGCUGGAUCAGGCGCAAUUUGUCAGGAUUAGCGUGACGACUUUAUUGUUUGAUUGCGGUCGCCACGUUUCUGAAUUGUUUUGUCGCCUCACACACACACACACACACACGCGCGCGCGCGCGCGCAGAGAGAGACGCUCUUCUUUGCGUGGGUGCACACGCACGCAUAAAAGUUGAAGGUGCAAUUCCAACAGGUGCCUUAUUUUUCAGGGAGCUGCGAGAAAAUCACGAUUAGCGCUCUGUGUGUGUGUGUGUGUGUGUGUGUGUGUGUGUGUGUGUGUGUGUGUGUGUGCGUGUGUGUGUGUUUGUAGGUUAAAGAAAGAUUGCUGUGUCCGCGCAUAAGAGGAUUAGCGUGGAAUUAGUGUCAUUCCUCUAUCGCCGGGAGAAAUGGAUUCAUAUCGAUUUUAAUCAGAGAGAGAGAGAGAGAACAAUAUACAGAUGAAGCAGGCGGCAGGCAGACGGAGGACGACCGACGAGCGCCCCGGAGGCAAACCGUCCCUGAGAUGAAGAAGAGGGACCACUUCCCGAGAUGCUUCUGCAAGCGUUGGCCACCCUCCGCCAGAUGAUUGACGUCAGCGUCCGUCGUUAGUGGGCCCGACUGGAGCGCAGAAGAGGUGGAGGCGUCUUGGAGGAGGCGGGGUGGGGCGGGCGGAGGUGUCGGCUGCUGUGGGUUGGGGUGAUGCUGUGAAAGAUGAAGGUCGACGUACUGACCUGCCUGACCGUGGCCGUCGCCAGCCUGGUCGCCAUGGUGACCGGUGGCCGCAGCUCCGGACGCAGGAGGCACAAGGAGGUCUUCCUCGGGGAAAACAGCAAGUUCAAGUUUGGAGGACGCAUCGACUACAAACUGAAGAAGCAGGACAGCACCAAAACUCUGCUGAUCAAAACCGAACAGCUGCUGAGAAUCGAGGAGCACGACUUCGCCAUGAGGCCUGGCUUUGGAGGAGCGGCCAUCCCCGUGGGCAUCGACGUGCAGGUGGAGAGCAUUGACAGCAUCUCCGAAGUCAACAUGGACUUCACCAUGACCUUGUACCUGCGUCACUAUUGGAAGGACGAGCGUCUGGCAUUCCCGUCGCACAACAACCAGAGCAGGACGUUCGACUCGCGGUUGGUCAAGAAGAUCUGGGUCCCAGAUGUCUUCUUUGCGCACUCCAAGCGUUCCUUUAUCCACGAUACCACCAUGGAGAACAUCAUGCUACGCGUGUACCCCGACGGGAACAUCCUCUACAGCGUCAGGGUGACCGUCACGUCUCUUUGCUCCAUGGACUUCAGCAGCUUCCCUUUAGACACGCAGAACUGCUCACUGGAACUGGAGAGCUACGCGUACAACGAGAAUGAUCUGAUGCUCUACUGGAAAAACGGCAACGACUCCCUGAGGACGGAUGAGAUUGUUUUGUCUCAGUUCUUCAUUGAGCAUUUCCACCCGUCCAGUGGCUUGGCCUUCUACAGCAGCACAGGUUGGUACAACCGGCUGCUCAUCAACUUCAUCCUGCGGCGGCACAUCUUCUUCUUCAUGCUGCAGACGUACUUCCCCACCAUGCUGAUGGUGGUCCUGUCCUGGGUCUCCUUCUGGAUCGACCGCAGAGCCGUCCCGGCCCGCGUCUCUCUGGGUAUGACCACCGUGCUAACCAUGUCCACCAUCAUCACAGGAGUGUCCUCCUCCAUGCCUCAGGUGUCGUACGUGAAGGCAGUGGACAUCUACCUGUGGACCAGCUUCCUCUUUGUUUUCCUGUCUGUCAUCGAGUACGCGGCGGUGAACUACUGCACCACCCUGGAGGAGAUGAGGAAGAUGAGGAGGGGGAAGCUGCCGUCCACCUUCAACGCUAGCCAGGCCAUGGCCUUUGACGGCUGCUUCCACGACAACGAUAUGGAGCUGACGCCGUUCCCCCGUGCGGCCCAGGGGCUGGCCUCCGAGCCCCCGCCGACCCCGUCGCCCCAGCGCGACCCGCGGCCAUCGGAGGGGACGCGCCUACGCCGGCAGCGGUCCGUGCGCGAGAACGUGGACCUCUUGGUCAGCAACAGCUACAUGAUCGACUCGUACUCCCGCCUGGCCUUCCCGCUGUCCUAUCUCCUCUUCAACACCAUCUACUGGAGCCUCUAUUCCUGAGACACCAGUCGGCUGAUAUGAGCCCUUUUCAAAAUAUUCACAAUGGGUCUGGGUUUUGCAGAAUAAACGUUCUUACUUACUUUAAAACAGCAAAUGCUGUUCAUCGUUGGAGUCACUCAGAGUGAUUGUUUGCGGUCAUCACUUCAUGGUAAAGGAAAUAAUGGAGUCAAAGACUCAUUUAAACGUCUACAACUUCUUUCUGAAGACAGCUCUUCUCUUCCGUUUUUUUUAACUGUCUACUGUAUAUUAAUUUCGUAAGCUUCAAGUCAUCUUCUGUUGCAAGAAAUUGCACGGCAGACCUUUUGGAUGGUUGCAUUAAUUGAUCAAAAAUGUGAUUUCACCCACCUCAAGCUCUUGUCUUUUUAUUAUAUUCUUUAUUCAAAAAAACACAUACAA